AUGGUCGAUAUUACCAAACGAAUUUUUUGGCAUUUUACACUUAAAGACUUAUUAACUAUUUUAUGUUCAGCUGCUAUACCCAUAGCUCUGGCUAUCUAUACUUCAAUUGGGCAUCAGCAACAAAAAAAAGAAGCUGAAAAAACAAGACAGUUUGAUCUGGAACAAGCUGAAAAAUUAAGACAACGAGCACUUUAUGAUGAGUUCUUAAAUAAUAUCUAUAAAUUGGAUAAAGAUGGUUAUCUCAAUGACACAAAAAAUCCGUGGGCAUUUGCCAAUGCAUAUUAUCGUGCUGCUCAUCGUCAAUGGGAUACAGUACGUAAAGGAGAUGUUUUACAAUUUCUGAAAGAACAACAAUUAAUUGGUAGAAAUAAUUGUACAAAUGGAUGUAAAACAACAAAUUUAGAUGAUAUAAUUCGUUUGAAUGAAUUAAAUUUUGAUAAUGUGCAUCUAGCAAGUCAAACAGGUGUAUUAAAUAAGUUGAAUUUACAAUGUGUUUCAUUUGAUCAUGUAUCAAUGACAAAUGCUGAGUUUUCAUCUGUUAGUUUAAAUGGUGUGUCAUUUGAUGGAGGGCGAUUGGAUAGCGUGAAAUUUGAUGGUUCAUCUUUACUUUGCGCUAGUUUUAAUGGUGUAAAUCUGUCAGGAGUAGAUUUUAGAAACUCAGAUCUGACAGGUGCAAAGUUUUUAAACAGUGAUUUAUCGAAUGUUAAAUUAACAGAAGAUCAAAGAAAACAGGCAUCAUUUCAUAAUGUGACUAUGCCAAAUGGAGAGAAGAGUGAAAUUGAAUCGUCAACAACAACAACAACAAAAGAACCUAUAACACAAACGACAGCAAUAAAAAAAACAGAAAUGUCGACAACAACAUUAUCAUCAUCAUCAUCAUCAUCGUCUACAACAUUGAUAACAAAGCCAUCAACAACAACAGCAACAUCCUCAAUGACUUCACCAAUAACGUCAACAACUACAAUAACAACAACAGCAUCCUCAGCAACUUCAUCAACAACGUCGUCAUCAUCAACAACAUCAUCGUCAACAACAACAAUAACAUCGUCAACAACAACAACAACAACAACAACAUCAAUCGCUUGUAAUAGUACAUUUCGUAAUCAAACUACUUACUCAGUUGGUUUAAUGCCAAAUGCAGUAGCUUUAGUCGAUGUGAACGGCGAUAACAAACCCGAUAUUGUCGUCGCAAACCAUAAGUCAAACACUACCGGUGUUCUUCUUAACAUCGGCAACGGUACUUUUUUUCCUCAAGUUUCUUACUCAGUUGGUAAAUUUCCAUCGUCAGUAGCAGUAGUUGAUGUAAAUAGCGACAAUAAAUCCGAUAUUGUCACUGCAGAUUGGAAUUCAAACACCGUCAGUGUUCUUCUCAACAUAAACAAUGGCACUUUUUCUCCUCAAACUAAUUACCCAGUUGGUAACAUGCGACGGUCAGGAACAGUGGUCGAUCUGAACAGCGACAAUCAACCUGAUAUCGUCGUUGCAAAUCAAGGUGCAGUCUUCAUCAGUGUUCUUCUCAACAUCGGCAACGGCACUUUUUCUACUCAAACUAAUUAUGUAGUUGGUUCUGCAACGUAUGCAGUAGCUGUAGCCGAUGUGAACGGCGACAACAAACCCGAUAUUGUUACGGCACAUGGGGCUUCAAAUAUCGUCAGUGUUCUUCUCAACAAAGGCAAUGGCACUUUUUCUUUAACUGGUUACGUAGUUGGUGUAGCUCCAAUGUCCGUAACAGUAGGCGACCUAAACAACGACAACAAACCCGAUAUUGUCAGUGCAAGUUCGGCUUCAAACACCGUCAGUGUUCUUCUCAACACAGGCAACGGCACUUUUCCUCUUCAAGUUACUUACUCAGUUGGUGCAUAUCCAUAUGCAGUAGCAGUAGCUAAUGUAAAUAGUGACAAUGAACCCGAUAUUGUCACUGCAAAUAUGAAUGCAAAUACCAUCACUGUUCUUCUCAACAAAGGCAACGGCACUUUUUUCCCUCAAACUACUUACACAGUUGGUGCUGCUCCACUUUCCGUAGCAGUAGCCGAUGUGAACAGUGAUAAUAAACCUGAUAUAAUCAUUGCAAAUUCUGGUUCGCACACCAUCAGUGUUCUUUUACAAUGUUAA